UCUUUCUUUCCCAACUUUCUUUGGAUAACUGUGCUGCACUGGUAUAACCUUUCUGGUUGCUGGAAGACAGGAUGAAUGUCUACUUUCUCUUCCUGUGUUGUUUACUCUUUCUUUGAUCCUUCUUUGACAUUCUUUGUCUGUCAGAAAUGUUCUGACCUGUGUGCUCUGCAAGUGGGCAGGUUUGUGAAACUGAUAAGUGUUUGGUCUCUGCUGCAGCUCAGAAUGAAAUAGUACCAAGAUAAAGAGGAAGUUGUUUUAUGGAUGAAUACUGUAGGGCCCUACCACAAUCGCCAAGAAACAUACAAAUACUUCUCUCUUCCCUUCUGCGUGGGAUCAAAAAAAAGCAUCAGCCAUUACCAUGAAACCCUAGGGGAAGCACUUCAAGGAGUUGAAUUGGAAUUUAGUGGUCUCGACAUCAAAUUUAAAGACGAUGUAAUGCAGACUACUUACUGUGAAGUUGACUUGGACAAAGGAAGAAGAGAUGCAUUUGUGUAUGCUAUCAAAAAUCACUAUUGGUACCAGAUGUAUAUUGAUGACUUACCAAUAUGGGGGAUUGUUGGAGAAGCAGAUGAAAAUGGAGAAGAUUAUUACCUUUGGACUUACAAAAAACUUGAAAUUGGUUACAAUGGAAAUAGGAUUGUAGAUGUCAAUCUGACCAGUGAAGGAAAGGUGAAAUUGGUACCAAACACAAAAAUCCAGAUGUCAUAUUCAGUGAAAUGGAAGAAAUCAGAUGUGAAGUUCGAAGACCGAUUUGACAAGUAUCUUGACCCAUCUUUCUUUCAGCACAGAAUUCACUGGUUUUCAAUUUUCAAUUCUUUUAUGAUGGUGAUCUUUCUGGUUGGCUUAGUGUCUAUGAUAUUAAUGAGAACUUUGCGAAAAGAUUAUGCAAGAUACAGCAAGGAGGAAGAAAUGGAUGAUAUGGACAGAGAUCUAGGUGAUGAGUAUGGGUGGAAGCAGGUCCAUGGAGAUGUGUUUAGACCAUCCAGUCAUCCUCUAAUAUUUUCAUCGCUUAUUGGUUCUGGCUGUCAAAUUUUUGCUGUGUCUCUUAUAGUCAUUGUUGUUGCAAUGAUAGAAGAUUUAUACACAGAGAGAGGAUCAAUGCUUAGCACAGCUAUAUUUGUUUAUGCUGCGACAUCGCCAGUGAAUGGAUAUUUUGGAGGAAGCCUUUAUGCUAGACAAGGAGGAAGGCGAUGGAUAAAGCAGAUGUUCAUCGGAGCCUUCCUCAUUCCAGCAAUGGUGUGUGGAACUGCCUUCUUCAUUAACUUCAUUGCCAUCUAUUAUCAUGCUUCAAGAGCUAUACCAUUUGGAACCAUGGUGGCAGUGUGCUGUAUUUGUUUCUUUGUCAUCCUUCCACUGAACCUGGUUGGUACAAUUCUUGGCCGAAAUCUGUCAGGACAGCCUAAUUUUCCAUGUCGUGUCAAUGCAGUGCCUCGUCCCAUACCAGAGAAGAAAUGGUUCAUGGAACCAGCUGUUAUUGUUUGCCUGGGUGGAAUCCUCCCUUUUGGAUCAAUUUUUAUUGAAAUGUAUUUCAUUUUUACUUCAUUCUGGGCUUACAAGAUCUACUACGUUUAUGGCUUUAUGAUGUUGGUUCUGGUUAUCCUCUGCAUUGUGACAGUUUGUGUGACUAUCGUUUGUACAUAUUUCCUGCUAAACGCAGAGGAUUACAGGUGGCAAUGGACGAGCUUUCUUUCUGCGGCAUCAACUGCGAUUUAUGUUUACAUGUACUCCUUUUACUACUACUUUUUCAAGACAAAGAUGUAUGGCUUGUUUCAGACAUCAUUUUACUUUGGUUAUAUGGCAGUAUUUAGCACAGCUUUGGGAAUAAUGUGUGGAGCUAUUGGUUACAUGGGAACAAGUGCCUUUGUUCGUAAAAUCUACACUAAUGUGAAAAUUGACUAAGGAAAUAAGAAAAUUGAACUAUGGAUCAGUUCCUCUUUUCCUGGGGAUGAACUUGCACAGCAAAAAGCGCGAGAAGAGAUUUGGGUUUUAACACUGGGCACUAUAUGGGUCUCCAUUUUGUGGAUGGCUUAAAGUAACAUCUAUUCCAUUGAUCCUAGGUUCUUACUGACUGCUUUCUCCAACUGUUCACAGCAAAUGCUUGGAUUAUAUGCAGUAGGCAUUACUACAGUACGUGGCUAAUCUUCCCCGCCCGCCCCCCCCCCAAAAAAAAAUCCAACAUCAAAAAACAAAAAACCUAGCUCAUUAAAGAUGAAUAGACUAGCUCUCUUCAGUGAAGAGGACAAACGGUUUAUUUAAAGCAUUUGUUCCAUUCAAUAAAAAGAGGGAAACUUGGCUGCUAAAACUACUUGAUUAGUAGUCUUCCUGGUACUUAACAUUUCUAAAUUAUGUAAAAAUACUGUUCCAGAAAGAUUACUCUUCUGAUUUUUACUGCCAUUGACAGGAUAGGAGGAAUGUUUUAUAUUUUGACUCCAGGUGCUUUUUGGUUUAUUUGCAAUAUCAACUACCCUACAUUCAUUUGUUUAAAAAAAAAAUUAAAAAUAUAUAAAAAACCCAUAUGCAUGUAAUAUAUCAGCUGUUGUUCUAGUUGGACCAACUUCCCUUUAUUUAUCUUUAAAGUAAUAUCCAGCUACAUCUUAAAUCCAUCCAAAGAAAAUACAGUCUGAAGACGGAGUGUGAUCUCUGCAAUGCAAUUUACUGUACAGUUAGAAAGCAAAAUGUUAAAUGAAGAGGAUUGUUUGUUUUUUAAUGAACACUCUAAGGUCUAGAUUAAAACAAAACCAACAUUUUAACUGAAUGUCUAAAGUGAUUCUCCUUUUUUCCAAGUUAGUCUUGCAUUUUUUUUGGGUUUGGGUUGAAUGAAGAUUUUCCUUUAGACAUCAUACAAGGGGUAAUAAGUGUAUAUAACAUUAAAUAAUGUAACUUAGGUGUAGAUCCCAAAUGUAUUUGGAUGUACAGAUUUACUACAGAGUACUUUUCUGAUGAUUCGGUGUAAAAAUGUGUGAAUUCGGGUGGCUUUUUACAUCUUGCCUGCCAUUGCAUGAAAAUUUGGGGUUUCUUCACAAUGUGUGUAUGUCAUGCUUUUCUGUUCUAUUUCUUUUCUCAAGCUCUUACAGGAAUUAAAUUUGUAAUUUAGAACAUUUUAAUUUUUGUUAAUCCUAUCUGAACACUUGUGUAACAUCAAAAGCACAGUUGCUUUAGAGUGUUCAGAAAACUAAAAUAAACUUUUCAGACAAAAAUGUAUUGAUUGUGAAAAUAGAUGAGUUUGCAAUUGAAAAUGUUUGAAAAGGGAUUACUGCUGAACGCCAGUUUCUGUAUACAGUAUAAGUGUGGUUUUCAUCUAUCCAACCCCCAUGCUUUGAAUUCAGAAUUUGCUUACAACUAUAUUGUACAAUAUAACUCCAAAGUGAAUGAUCAACCCAAAAAGAUUCUUCUUGGCUGUGGAGAAAUCUGUUUUGUGAUACAGCCAGUGUACUGGGAAAAGUUGGGGUAAGCGUGGACUAAAAUAAAUGGGCAAAUAAAGGUUAAGUCUUUUUAAGAUCACUGUUAAUUAUGCACUGUAUUUAGCUAGAAAUAUCCUGAAUGUGUUUGUGACAGAUUUGAGAGCCACUUGGCUUGAUUUUUUUAAUGGGGUUUUUUUAGGCAUCUGCCAUGUAGGGAUGUUUUGAUCAGUGUGGCUGUCUGAAAUAGAACACCUGCCAUGGAGAAGGCAACUUCUUGAAUUUAAAAAAUGAGCCAAGUAUUUGUAUUGACUAGCACUGUAUUGUCUCUAUAUAAAAAGUACUGAUAAUGCAGUAGCCACAAUGAGAAACAUCCGUGUUUUGGCAGCGUUGGGUUGGAGCCUGGGGGAACUCUACAGGUAGGUAAUAGUGGGAAGCAGUGCAUCCUGCUGCAUAUCUGAAAAGUGUUUGAGCUUUCAGCUCUGAUUUCCCUGGCCAAUUUUAACCAGUCUGUCAGAAAAUAAUUAAGUUUUGCUUCAAGUGAAUCAUUGGUAUCUGUAGGUGAACACUCUGCCAUUGAAUAAAAUAAUUUUUUUUAUUUUUAAA